CAUCAAAAAGUCGACAUCGCGAGCGGAAGGAGGUGUGGUCUGUAAGAAGCGCAAGCGCUCCACUGAAGCACGCGAACGCAAGACCUCCAAUGAUGGAGACAGGAUGUGUCUUGCCCAGAGGCUACGUCAUGAUGACGACGAUGAUGCCUUCACUAGUGACCGCCAUGCGCGGUCUGGCCUUGGGCGCGCGCCUUCCUAUCGUAAGGAGCAACGCCGCAGUGACUCUCCUGCACCCAACAACCGCAAGGAGAGCAUCCAUAAUACCAAGUCUUCUGAUCGCCGCACUUCUGACGAUAAGGGUAAAGAAAAGAGGUCUUCUUUACCCUCGCUGAACAUCCGAGGUUCUGGAUCCGCAAACGCCCUUCAUGACGCACAGCGCCCUGCAUCGCAAAGCGUGUCGUCUGCAGAGUCCGUGGAUAAAUUUCUGGACAGCAUCAACUUGAGCGUUUCUACUUCACGCAAUCCCGCGCUAGCCAAGAGCAAUGUUCCUGUGACACCAAGCCAACAAGUCCUUCCCCCAACUCCUGUAUCCAUCGCGUCUGUUCCCCUGCCUUCGCCAGGAUCUCCUGCAGUUGAGCUUCGACCAAUCCCCUUCACUUUCGGACCGGAGCGGCUUAGUCUCUUGCACUGCGGACACUCCUUAAAUUAUGACUUGAAUCUACUUCCUGAUGACCCAAUUGGUCCUAUUACGUUACUUGGAGCGACUCAGAGCGAACCCGGUGCAUAUCUCGUUGCCGCAGCACGCUAUAGGCGGACUGGUCGUUCUCGGGCAGCGUGCGAAGUAAUCAAGGCCCUGCUGGGCAAGCACGCCCCUGUCACCGGUGGUGGUGACUUGACUGGGGAAAACAAAGAAAAUGCUCCCUUUCAUCAGGCUUCCUUAUCAUCGGCGAAAUCUCCUGCACCUUCCGUACUUACACCCAUAGACGUCAACACCCCAGCUCACGAAGCUGCUGUCUUGCGACCUGCCUUUCUCCUUCUCGCAGCUUGUCAAUUGGACAUAAGCCGUGAUUGUUCAUGUCCCAAAGAGAAGAUAGCACAUGCCAACGCUGCUCAAGAACUUUUCCGCACAGUAUACGGAACAAAAAGCGACAUCCUUUCUUCCGAGCCUGGAAACACCAAUACAGAUACGAACGCCCUAGGAUUAGCUUUUACAGAUCGCACCCGAAUUCCUUCAACCGCCGACAACAACCUACCAACCUCUAAGUCCAAGCACCCAUCAAGCAUCCCCACCGCUCCUGCUUCUACUCGUAUUCUAGCUCUGGAGGAUGAACUCCGUGUCACGCGCACAGCCAAGUCUACCCUGGAAGCCGACCUUGCCGCUGCGAACAAGCGCCAGGAACUCACCGACCAGUCUGUCAGAGAAGCUGAGACUCGUUCUCGCGAUGCGCUUCGAUUACUUGAGACCGAGAGGGAUGAAUUCCGCGUCUUGAGGCGUCGACUUUUGGAGACGGAGCAGAAGAUCUCGGAUAUAGAGCAGUCCGCUGUUGGUGCCGAGACGCACGUAUGGGUGAGAUUGCGGGACAUGAUUUAUGACCAAUUUGGGGGCGCGAGAGGUUUUUGAUGCGUGAGCUAAGUAUCACAUAUCACAGCUUACGUUCGCCUUUCAUUUGUUUCAGAUCAUUGCGGGGUUUUAGAGAAUCAGGGCCAGGCAUGUGGUUCGUGUCAUCACAAACCCAUCACCAUCACCAUCACACUGUACACCAUACCAUUUCCUGCAGCAUUUGAGAUACCGUGUUUCAUCGUCCUUAUCAUCAAAGUAGUGUAUGUCCCCGUAUUAGACUUGUAAUCAUUCUCCAUGUAUGGAAUUAGCAGUACGAGAGAACAGGAGAGAAUAGACUAAAAUAGCGCGUGAAUCGAAGGAAGCUGAUUAUAACUCAUUACCUGUGCUCUUGCUUCUUCGAUCCCUUAAUGGUAAGCUUGGACAGCCUUGAAAUUGCCGAGGAAUAUGACCUGCGCUUACU